CUCUCAUAUGAAGCCUGUGAACACUAAACCCGGUUCAAGAAAAUCUCCAAGUCUUCCAGUUAAAUCCAAACUAGGGUAGGGUUUAGCGCAAACCCCAAUCAACCAAGCGACUGGGUUUAUCACCCUUCCUCCUAACCGUCACCGGCCUUCAUUUUCCGAUACGUUAAAUAAUGAGGGUGAAAAAGCAGAAACGUCACCGGAGGGCAGUCAGAUUCUACACGGCCUGUUUUGGAUUCCGGGAUCCGUUCAAAAUCCUGUGCGAUGGCACUUUCGUGCACCACCUUUUGGUCAAUAGGAUCACACCGGCUGAUACUGCAUUGGCGAACACUCUCGGCGCCGCCGUCAAAAUGUUCACCACCAGAUGUGUUCUUGCUGAAUUGAGAAGCUUGGGCAAUUCUUAUUCUGAUUCGUUAAAUGCUGCUCGAAAUCUGAUGACGGCGAGAUGUGACCAUGAGAAGCGAAAAAGUGCUGUAGCAUGCAUUACAGAAGUUAUUGGUGAAAAAAACCCGGAGCACUUCUUUGUUGCGACGCAGGAUGCCGAGCUUAGGAAGAAGUUUCAAGAGAUUCCAGGUGUUCCUGUGAUAUACGGUCUUAGGAAUGCUCUCUUUUUGGAACGCCCGUCAACAUUUCAGCAUGAGUUUGCAAAGGCCUCUGAAGAAGAACGUUCACAUAUGACUGAUUUGGAGUUCAAAAUGCUGAAGCUCAAGAAAAGGAAGGUGGCUACUGAUGAAGCAGGAGACUCUUCUGAUGCAAAUGAGGAUCUCAAGAAAAAUGUUACAAGGAAAAAUAUAGAUACAAAGGACAAAGUUCAAUUCAAGCGAAAGAGAGCUAAGGGGCCGAAUCCUCUGUCAUGCAAAAAGAAAAAGACCCAAGGAAAUACCGUCUCAACGGCUGAACUGAGGAAGGAAAAUGUCGAUAACAGCACGACGAAGAGGAGCAGGAAACGUAAGAGGUCAAAGAAAAACAAAAUCACUACAGAGCCUAUUGCUGGAUGAUCGAUAUGUAGUGGAUUUGGAUAUAUCUCAGAACUGUUUGUUUUCUAGCUUGUGAUGGAGUUUGUAUGAUGAUUGGGUGCAUUGCAGAUUUUACAUGUAUGUUUGAGAACAGAGAUUACUCCCUGAGCACAAUUCAUGUUGGCACAAACAAGUUAUAUUUUCCAGAAAUACACGGCUACACAUGUUUUUAUUUAUUCAUACAUUGAUUUUGCUGCAGAUUGUUGGGUAAAACAGGCACCGAAUUUAUGUUGAUUUUUCGGACGACUUUUCGAACUAAUGAAAUCUACAAGUUCA